AUGCGACUUGAGAAGUGCUGGUUCUGUAGCUCCACCGUAUAUCCUGGUCACGGAAUAUGCUUCGUGCGUAACGAUUCAAAGAUGUUCCGCUUCUGUCGCUCGAAAUGCCACAAGAACUUCAAGAUGAAACGGAACCCUCGGAAGGUUAAAUGGACAAAGGCCUAUCGGGCGAUUCACGGCAAGGAUUUAAGUGCUGAUAACAUAUUCAAUUUCGAGCGGCGGCGUAAUCGACCUGUAAGAUACAAUCGGGAACUGACUCACAAGACUCUGGCAGCCCUUAGGACUGUUGAUGAAAUUCGUACUAAAAGGGAUAAAAGGCAUUACGAACAGCGCAUGAAAGGAAUAUCUGAUCGGGUGAGGAGGAAGGAUAAAAGUGAAUUACAGAAGCAAGUGCAUUUGGUGAAAGCUCCAACUUCUGCUGUUCAGAUUGCACAGACAACCCGAGAAAAGGUGGCUGUGUCGAAAUAUACAAGCUUGUCCAUCCUCUAUGAGUAG